AUUUUGAGAAAUGGCAGAUGAGCUGAAAAAGAUUAGGGUUAAGUUUGUGGAUAGCGCAAACAAAGAACUGAUCAAGGAGCUCCUGGAUGGCCUUUUAGAGGUUGGUGUCUUGAAUGAUGGCCAGAAGGACUCAAUUCUUGAGGAGAAUCCUAGCACGAAAGACAAGGCACGUGCUCUCAUUGACACAGUUAGGAGAAAAGGAGGUGAUGCCAGCAGGAAGAUGAUCGCUCUCCUUCAAAGCAGAGAUCAAACUUAUGAUUCACUCGGUCUUUCCUCUGGGAAACCUGCUCAGCCAGCUGCAGCUCCAGAAAUAAAGCUGGAGCAGGAAUGUUCAGACACUCUGAUUCCUUCCACCAAGGCCUUCUGGACAGGGAAACAGGGUCAAAGAGAUACUUACCCUGCGGCCGAAAAUUCCAUUAGGCAUCGUUUGGCCCUGUUAAUCACCAACAUAACGUUUACUGAUACCAGUUUAAACAGAAAGGGAGCUGAGAGGGACGAGGAGAACAUGGACACACUGCUCGUUGCAUUGGGAUACGAAGUGGUGAAACUCACUGACCUCACGGGAAAGGAAAUUGAUGCUGCUGUGAUUGAGUUCUCCAAACAUAAGAAAUUGAAAGAGACAGACAGUGUGGUGGUGGUGAUCAUGUCUCAUGGGAAACUGGGAGCUGUCCUCGGUGUUAAGUGGAAAAAAGACAUACCUGAUGAGUUUUGCAUCAACAACAUUUACCAUCACUUGGGUCCGGAGAGAUGUCCCGCGCUGCUGGACAAACCCAAGAUCAUCCUCAUCCAGGCCUGCAGAGGAGAAAAGAGAGGAUCAGUGCUGGUUAAAGACGGUUUGUCCUGUGACGAUGCCUCACAUAAUACUGGCCAUGAAGAAUUUGAGGAGGAUGGUGUGCGAUAUGUAAACAAAGAAAAAGAUUUCCUUGCUCUUCUGUCCUGCACUCCCGAUACUGUCUCAUACAGACAAACAGAUCGUGGGUCUCUUCUCAUCCAGUAUUUUGUGGAGGUAUUGAACACCUCUGCACACAUGGAUGACAUUGAAGAACUUUUCAGAAAAGUCAUGCAACGUUUCGAGGACUUUUCCGUGAACAACAAAAGACAGAUGCCGACCAAAGACAGAGUCACUCUGACAAGGCGCUUCUACUUCUUUCCAGGCAUCUGAGGCCGGAUUUACUGUCGUUUCCCUGUUGUGCCUGGUAGCCACAUUAUAUGCAUGCAAUAGAGUUAAUCAAAUGAAAUAGAAACAUUCUUAUGGAUGAAUUACUGAAUGGGCCUAACAAGUACAGGGCAAAGGGUUAAAGGGGCAGAGCAAAAAAGACUGCUAAGAGACGCAUGGCAAAUUAAGAGAUGUAAACUGACUUUCUUUUACUCUUGGUGUUUGGCUCUUUUAAUUAAAGUAGGGCCUUUUACAUGUCUGUGUCCUGGGGCAUUUCGUCUAAUUGUUAAUAUUUGAUGAAAUCUUAUCAUUUAUCAAUAUCAUAAUUUAUACUUUUAUAUAAUUGGUUGUGUGAAAGCCUUUUAAUGAAAGGGACACAAGUGGUGGCAUUUAUUAACCAUGCAGGGACUAUUUUAGGGACUUAAGGUGCAUAAUUAAUCUCACUUAAGCCUUUUUUUGGAACAUAGGUACAAUAUUCAUAUGGAAUGGGUAUUUACUUUUUAUGGUUUGUAUUAAUUUUGUCCAUGUUUUAAAAUACAAAUAAACUCUACUAUCUCUAAA